GAGGACGAGGCGGACAAGGCGAUAGAAUCAGCGCUGGAGAGCAUCCUGUCCAGUAACAGAGGAACCUCCACCACUACAUCUCUGAUGACACCAUGUCCAUGAGACGGGUCAUCAACUCCAUCAGGGUCACCGUGGUGCUCAUGGAGGCUCUGAAGACUGAGCUGCCUCCGCCAGAGAACAUCGCUGCCUGGGUCGUUCUUGCCAACCAUUGGCCCUGUCGUCUCAGCUGGAUCCUACAGUGUCUGGAGGACGAGCAGCAGAGAGCAGAGAUCGACGACGCCGUCGGGACGGCGACAGUCGUCGACGAGUCCAAGGCUUUGUGGGAGGUGUUCAGCGACUCGAGGAUGGAGCUUCACAUGAUGAGGGAGGAGAUCGAAGACCUGCUGGAGCAGGACGGAGAUCCAGAGAUGUUUGAGAUGUUCCUCAAGGUGCAUUUCCAGUUCAGGGUGAGGGACGCGGAGAGGUUCAAGCUGACCACGGUUAACCUGGAUCAUUCUAUCAGGAGGGAGCUGGCCCUCAUCAGAGGGACCACCGGACUGAAGAAUUCUGGGUGGGGGAGGAACCUGGCUCCUCUCAACAUCAGGACUGUUAUCAACAUGACCUCUGAGGACGUCUGCAAAGCGCUGGCGAGGAUGAACCUCCCUAAGAAGUACGCAGACAUCGUCCGUAGCAAUGACCUCACCGGCCAGGCGCUGGUCUUCGGUGAUCCCGACGACCUCAAACAGCUGCUCCAGAUGACCUUCGGGGAGUGGACAACCUUCAGACUCCACUUCCUGGGUAUCGGUGGGAGGGCCCAAAGUGGAGCCAAGGCCACGUCCCUAAACCCCAAACAACUGACCAAUCAGCAGUCCAAACAACCUCAUUUCGGUCCCCACAGCCACGGGUCAACAUUAAAUCUGUCUUUUUCUUGAUGCCGUGGCGAGAUGGAGAUGCAUGAUAAACGGAAUGGUCUGUGUAUUGAGGUGUAGUACCCAUGAGAACCUACCUAUCUAUUGUGUAAUAACAGUGAACUGCAUUCCUCUGCCAGCUCCUGUCGAGCUUUCAGUUGCUCAAACCAGGGUAAAGUUCAAAGGAAUGCAGUUCAUUUAACUGGUUAAUAGUUACGUAGAUUACAAUUUUCUAUUACAUUUAGUUACAUUUAACGGGUUAAUAGUUACUUAGAUUACAUUUUAGAUUACAUUUUUCCACCACUAGGUGGCGCUGCCAUUGGAUACAUGCCAAAGGGACUUACUGUCAACCAACAAAAUAAAAUAACACACAGAACAAUUUAACAAUGAAAAAGUAUAACAAAAAGGGUUUCUAGUUGAAUGCUACUCAUAUUACAAUUCUAAAUGGCUCUGUAUUAUUUCCCAAUCAGAAUUCAAUACUCUGUCAAUGCAUUCCAAGGGCUUGUAAGACCCUAUAUUUUUAUAAGAAUGGACAGAGCCCCGGUCUUAAAAGUCAGGUAACAGUGUUUAAUUCAAGAGAGGACUGGGUAUAUAUACAUUUUGCCACAGGUUAUAAACUGAAAAUGACGUCAGCGUUUUCUAAAUGUUCUAUCUCUUCAUGACAUGGGUAGAGAGGCCCUAUAGUUCUCGAGCCUUCCCUCCUCUCCUAAAGCCAAGGUCAGUCUGUGUAAAUCAGCAUUCUAGACCGUCUGGAGAUAGUCUGUCCCUGCCAUCUGGAGAUAGUUCAUUCAUUUGUACAAAGGAACAGACCGUCAUUGUUACUAAACUCCUGACUAUAUUAUAUACAAUUGGGAAUGGAAGCAAGAGAGAAAAUUCAUAUAUGUACAGUACAUAAUAGCAUUUGGACGAGUCAGUCCUGAUAGAAAUGUAUACAUAAUUAGUCAUCAUUGAUAAAAAUUCCCUUAACACAAGAUGAACCUUGUAGCACCUACAGAUGAAAUAUGGUCUCAGAGGAGGAGCCUGGGUAAGGCUGAAAUGUCCCAAAUAUACAGACUUCUUCCAAUUAUUUAUCAAUUAUGCUUUUAGAUACAGAUGUCAAUAAUAUGUCAACAAUCCUACCACUGCUGCUGAGAGGAGGACGGCUCAUAAUAAUGUCUGGAACGGAGCGAAUGGAACGGCAUCGGACACCUGGAAACCAUGGAAACCAUGUGUUUGGUGUAUUUGAUACCAUUCCACUGAUUCAGAUCCAGUCAUUACCACGAGCCUGUCCUCCCCAGUUAAAGUCCUGCUCCAGUCAAUACCACGAGCCUGUCCUCCCCAGUUAAAGGUUCCUGCUCCAGUCAAUACCACGAGCCUGUCCUCCCCAGUUAAGGUUCCUGCUCCAGUCAAUACCACGAGCCUGUCCUCCCCAGUUAAAGUCCUGCUCCAGUCAAUACCACGAGCCUGUCCUCCCCAGUUAAAGUCCUGCUCCAGUCAAUACCACGAGCCUGUCCUCCCCAGUUAAAGUCCUGCUCCAGUCAAUACCACGAGCCUGUCCUCCCCAGUUAAAUCCUGCUCCAGUCAAUACCACGAGCCUGUCCUCCCCAGUUAAAGUCCUGCUCCAGUCAUUACCACAAGCAUGUCCUCCCAAAUUAA